AUGUCGUCUGCAUCAUCAAUCAUAUCAUCAACCUUUAGUAGGGCCAGUACACAUGCACUCAGCUUCUCUUCCGCCUCAUCUAUUUCUUCUCCGUUCAGUGGGUUAUUACAUGUUGAUCGCCACGGUUUCCUCAAGUCCUCCCAUCGUGCUGGUGGGCCGGUCCUAACUUCUCUCCCGGCGUGGACUACGGAGGACACGUCUACGAACAAUCCAGCACGAAUCCAGGCGCGUGCGAGAGAAAUCUUGGGUGACCUCAAAGUCGAGUUCUCCGCUGUGGCUCUGAAGGGCCGCAUAUCAAAAGUUGACCCUGAGCCUACGCCAAUCCCCACCGUCGUCAUCAUUGUGCCAGACGUCCCGCAGCCUGAUCUUUGGUAUAAGGCUGUGAGGAAGAUUCAUCGCGAUUUGGAUCCCUGGCUACAUGGAAUAUCCGUUGAAAUUAUUGAAGAGAAAUUAUAUAACGGCUUAUAUUGCUUCCCAGUUGAGCAGACCCACUCCAUCUAUUCCAAAUGGGAAACAAUCGCCAAGUAUAUUCUAUCGAACCUGAAUAUCCAGGAGUGGACUAGUUUGCAAUGUUGGCGCUAUGGGAGCAAUUGUGAUAGACACCUAAACCCCGUUACGAUUAUAGUGGAGGUUCUUAAGACUUCCACAGAGUCAUUUUAUACCGCAGCCCAAACCAUCCGAGGCCUACUUGAGCAAUUUCAUGAACCUAACGUUGAUAUUUUGUUCAUGAAGGAUGGAAAACAAGCCCCAGUAGAAGAAACAAAAAUUGCACACCCCAAGGCGUGUCGUGGAGCCGUCUAUUCUGGUGUCAGCCUAGGUAUCCACGAUAGUUCGGCGAGAACAUGCACACUGGGUGGUCUUGUGCAAAUCCGGCUUCCUAACAUAUCACGGUGGCACACAUAUGGGCUAACCUGCUUUCACGCCGUUUGGCCUCCGGAAGGGACGCGCUCUGAACAACUGUUGAAAAUCCGAGGAGCAGAAGAUGCACUUUCACAGUGGGAAUAUGGCCCGCUCAAACUCACAAACCCACCUUCUAGGAUCGCGCAGAAGAUAUUAAAAGUUGACCAGCCAUCUUUGGGAGAUAUUGAACAGACUAUCGCCGCAAUAGACAAAAACAUCACGGCAUACAGAACCAAGGACUUUCUCGAGUUGGAAGCUGCUAAAAAAGCAAUUGACGAGGGCCAGGACGAAUGGAUGCCAGAUUCCGCCGUCAGACUUUAUGAGGGAAUGGCCAGCCAUCUCAGAAUCCUUGAAGCUGCGCGUCAACCCUUUGCGACGAUGCGCGACAAUGGAACUUACUUCCUUGGGUACGUUGCUGCUGGAAGCGGCCUGUACCGGACCCGAGGGACUAAUGCAGAGGAUGCUGUCAGAAUGGACUGGGCGUUGAUUAAUAUCACUCCCGACCGACUUCAAACAGAGAUACAUGAUGGCGAUAUUCCUUGUAAUCAGCCCUUCGACUCUGAUGCAACUGCAUCCCCACAAUUUCUCUUGAACCCUCAGCUGAAGGUUUAUCCUGGGAUGGAGCUCUACAAGACAGGACGCUCAAUCGGAACUACUCGCAGGCAGUACAACGGCCUCAAGUCGGUAAAUAUUUCUCGGGCGAGAAAGGCAAAUGGAGGAUCCUAUAUACUCCCUACGUGGGAGCACUCAGUUUCGCGUAGUUCCAUUGGCGAGGCAUUUUCAGAGACAGGAGAUUCUGGCUCGUGGGUAUAUACGGCCCGCGGCGAGGUCUUUGGAAUGUUAAACGCUGGUAAUAUGCGACUGGAAACAGCGUCAGUAUCGUGCAUAUUUGACAUUUUCAACGAUAUCAAAGAGCUUACUGGUGCCUCUGAAGUGAGGAUUGCCCCAAGCCUACCAUUUACCUAA